AUGGCACUCCCUCCCUAUGAUCCCAAAUUCACAAUCGCAUGCUCAGUCGCAGGGUCUGAGUAUGACCCCGAGCACGAUGCUUCUGAGUCUGCUGCUGUCGUAGCCGCUGAGCUGAUAAGCUACGCACGGCUCGCAAAGAAGCUGGACAGUGUGCGUACUGAGUACUCAGCUCGUUACUUGCUUGACAAUAUUGCUUGUCAUCAAUGCCUCACUGUGAGCAAGUGCCUCGACUUUGCGCUGAAAAACGGCAUACCGAAAGCAGAGGACUGGCCACGGUUGGGAUCUACGGCCACGAAGCCACCACCAUCCUACAAGCCUGAUCUGGUUUCCAUGAAAGGAGAAGUGGUUGAGCCUGAGUAUUUGGAUGAAGCGCUUGAGUUGUUGAAGUAUCAAGCGGUGGGAGCAAAGCUGCAUGUGUUCACUCCACACAUUGAGCUUCAACAAGAGGCAAUUUAUUGUGGACCGUCAGGUGAGCCAGCCAAGUACGUGGGGCUUAGAGAUGGGAUCAUAGUUGCAGUGGAGAAGAUCUAUGGAAAGUCGAUUGCAACGGUGAAGGUUUGGUACAAGAAGCAGUUUGUCAUUGUCAAAGUGGCUUUGAGCAGGGGGUUUUUCUCUGAGGACAUAGAGUUAACACUUCUGCUUGUUGACUUUUGUGUCCCACGCCUUUCCAUCGACUAA